UUCGAGGAAAUAGUCAACAGUAUUGACUCUUGAGUUUUGAUGACUUGAUUCUCUUCUUUUCUUUUUCAUGGAUACCUUGCUCGUACCCAAACAGCACCAGAUCAUCCCUUCUUUCCCUUCUAUUAUUCCCCAAAUCGUUAUUUUCCCAUUCCCAAAAUCAGAUUCCUCAAAAAGAAUCAAAAUAAAACCUCCUAAUCCUCCCUCUCACGGCCCAAAAAAAACCCCGCAAUGAUCGAUCCUCACUCAUUCACUGAUUCAACUCACCCCCUAACCACCCACGUAUCCCUCACUCUCUACUUCCACUUCCCUUCCUCCACCAUCCACGCCACCGCUCUCCUCACCCUCCAAACCCCACACACUGGCCCGCUCUCUCUCGACACUCGCUCCCUCACCAUCCACAAAAUCCUCGACCCUGCAACUCUAGCUCCCCUCCCUUUCACUCUCUCCUCUUCUGAACACCCCAUCAAAGGGCGACUCCUUACCGUUUAUCUCGACAACAACUCCUCAGUUCUCAUCCUUUACUCCACCUCCCCUUCCUCUUCGGCCCUCCAAUGGCUCUCUCCGCCCCAAACUUUCAACAAAACUCACCCUUUUGUCUACACCCAAUGCCACCCUGUUCACGCGCGCUCCGUUUUUCCUUGCCAGGAUACGCCUGCCGCGCGUGUUUGUUACUCUGCAAAGUUGAAUCUUCCGCGGGAGCUUUCUGCUGUUAUGUCUGCUAGGCAUUGUGACUGUCAUGACCCUGUUGGUACUGAUUUGGAUGGGGUGUUGACGAAUGAGGAGUCUGGAUUUGGAUUUGAUUUGAAGUCGUUGUGGUGCGAGGAAGGGAGGGUUGUGGAGGAGUUUGUAAUGGAACAGCCAAUUCCGCCGUACUUGUUUGCGUUUGCUGUUGGGGAAUUGGGGUUUAGAGAGGUGGGGCCGAGGACUAGGGUUUAUUCGGAGGCAGUUGAUGGGGUUUUGGAUGCAGCUGCGAGGGAGUUUGCAGGAACUGAAGAGAUGAUUAGGCAAGCGGAGAGGUUGUUUGGUGAGUAUGAUUGGGAGAGGUUUGAUUUAUUGGUUUUGCCACCGAGUUUUCCAUAUGCUGGAAUGGAGAAUCCAAGGAUGGUGUUUUUGACUCCUACAGUGAUUAAAGGGGAUGCGAGUGGCGCACGGCUUGUGGCGCAUGAGUUGGCUCAUAGUUGGACUGGGAAUUUGAUCACUAACAAGAAUAAUGAGCAUUUUUGGUUGAAUGAGGGUUUCACAACAUAUGCGGAGAGGAGAAUUGUUGAGGUCGUGCAAGGCGAAGAUAUAGCUGCUCUGAAUAUUGGAAUUGGUUGGAGAGGUUUGAAUGAGGAAAUGGAGAGGUUCAAGGACAACAUGGAGUUCACUAAGCUAAAAAACAAUCAGGAAGGAGUGGACCCAGAUGACAUGUACUCUCGAGUGCCAUAUGAGAAGGGUUUCCAGUUUCUGUGGCGCAUUGAACAUCAGAUUGGAAGAUCUGCUUUUGACGAGUUCCUCAAGAAAUAUAUCGCCACGUUCAAGUUCAAGUCAAUUGACACAGAGACAUUUCUUGAUUUCCUGAAAGCCAAUGUUCACGGAAUAGAGAAAGAUAUUGACCUUCAGCUAUGGACUGAGGGCACUGGCAUCCCUCCAGAUGCUCAUGAACCGGUUUCAAACUUGUAUAUAAAGAUUACAUCACUUGCAAAGGAUUUUAAGCUUGGGAGGAUGCCGAGAGAGGAUGAAGUUGCUAACUGGAAAGGGCAGGAAUGGGAGCUGUACCUAAAGAACCUGCCCAGAGCUGUUGAAGCCUCACAGGUGUUAGCCUUGGAUGCUCGCUAUAGGCUGUCGGAAUCCAAGGACUAUGAGGUGAAAGUGGCAUUUCUCCAACUGGCUAUCUCCUCCAGGUGCAGAGAUUACUAUGGUGAGGUGGAGAAAACAUUGAAGGAAGUUGGGAGGAUGAGUUUCCUCCGCCUACUCUACAGUGGUCUUGUUGAAGGCCCCGGAAACGAAGAAGAGAAGAUUUUGGCCAAGAGAGUGUUUGCUGAAGCUCGUGAAUGUUACCAUCCCAUAGCUCAAGGUAUUGUUGAGGCAAUCUUUGCCAAGCACGUGUAGGAUGGCUAUAUACCACAAUACAGUGUCUGGACCUAAACCUUUAAUGUCUUGGAAGCCAAUAAAUGAUAAAUGUCUUCUUGUA